CCAUAUUUUUAUUGCUCUCCAAAUCUCUUGAGCACCACAAUUCUCUCUUUUCUCUCCUUCCUUUCCCCGAAAGCAAACCCAUUGCUUCAGAGGAGGAGAGGGCUGGUCAAAAAUGUGCUCCACAAUGUGCAUUCAAACCCCUACUUUCAGUCCCUCAACCACUCACUGCUUCUUCAGACAGCCAAUUUCUUCCCCCUUCCUUUCUUCUUCCAGAAAAUUAUAUAAUGUUUUGAGAUUGAAUGGAGGUGUGAACGUGCAAUUCUCGAAUGGAAAGAAACGGGGAGCGAUAUUUUCAGCUUCUGUGGGGCAGAACUCAAGCAAUGACACUGAGGGGAAGAGAAAAGUUGUGGAACACAUAUGUCUGCUCAAAGCAAAGGAGAAUCUGUCUGAAGAGGAAGAGAAGGAUAUGCUGGAUUAUCUUUACACAACACAAUACCAAAUGCGUGGCAUUAUUGCAAUCACAUUAGGACGUAUCUCUGAUCAAAACAUUGAAAACUAUACCCAUGCUGUCUACAUGCGUUUUCAAAGAAAGGAAGACCUUGGAAAGUUCUAUGAAAACCCUUUCUACUUGGGAGUUCUCAGAGAGCGUGUAAUGCCUUACUGCCAUGGCCUAAUUUAUGUGGAUUUUGAGUCUGAAGUAGAAGAUGAUAUCCUCCCCAUAUUCCGGAAAGGAGAGGAGUUCAACUACGGUGUGGAGUUCAUACUCCUAAUUUCAUUUGCUAAGAGCAAAUUUGGAGGGCCUGCAGAAGACGCUUUGGCUUCUCUUGCAGAGCUGAUUUUGGAGUUUCCAUCCUUGAUUGUGCAAUCUACUCAAGGUUUGAAUUUUUGUCCCAGCAGCAAGGAAUAUACACAUGGUGUAGUGAUACGCUUCCGGUCAAUUGAAGCCUUGGAGUUAUUCACGGGCAGCACAGAAUACAAAGAUAUAUGGAGGUCUAAAUUCCAGAUGAUCGUCCAGAAAACACUUCCCAUUCAUUUUUCUGUUGAUCCGGUGGGUACUGAGAUUAUGUAGCAAGGAUCCAUUGCUACCAAGGGUUCUAAAAGGGAAGACUCGUACACACUUCAUUCUGCACUUCAGGGGCAAAUACUUGGGUAAGUCAUUAAGAAUCAAAGCUGACACUUCCCUUUUUGUCCUUCAGUUUUGUUUAUUUAGAUGUCUUUUAUCAGCAACACUAUUCCCUUCUUGCACAUUAUGAGUUCCUUUUCGAAAAGUAAAUAUAGAUUUUCACUUCAUGUUGCAUCUCUAUUAGCUGCUGUAGUUAUAUCUGGAAAGUUGUCUAUUGUUUUUGUGUACAACUAAUUAUCCAUCUAAACAUAAUAUGAAAGAUGCUUAGGCCAAAUGGGAAAGGAAAAGUGUCUUGGAAGAAAAGCUGUUUUCUUAGAACAAGUCAUAAAUGUGGACCACAGGCAUAAACUGUGGCUAUUGGGUGCUUGAUUUUUUUGCCUGUGGAGAUCUUGCGAGAAAUCAACUUUGUCUGGUUGAUUCAAACAUUCUAAUCAAACCCCAUUUUCAAAGAUAACGAAAGACAAAAGGGUUGUAUCACACGAAAAGAGAUCUCGCCUUCUUUCAUAUAAUCAUCUAGUUGUUUAAACAUCUAGUCAACUUGAUUUUUGGAAAUGAAAAAUAAUUUUCUAGGGACCCAUUGAGUGAUCAUUCCAGUGUGUCGGUAAGCAUAUGGCACAUGCCCAACUGACAAACCUUCCGCAACCCUUGCUAUCCUAAGCGCUCUACCCGUGUAAACCCAAACAGAAAAAAAGGGAAAAAAAAAUGUAUAGAUCGCAAUUAUAUAUGUAUCAACCCCUCAUAUUCCUCCAAUUAUAUGCAUUUCGGUCAUGAAGUUGCAUCUUGGAAUCCAUCCAAAUGCAUUGUUUGACCUGCAGAACAAGAAAACAAUAAAUAUGUAUUAAUAAGCAACUGAACAACUGUUUCUGAAAUCUUUUCUUUAAUCCUUAAAUAUCCAGAAGAGCCAAAAUUUUGCCCCACCAUUCAGACUGCUAGCGAUAAAAUAAUACAGAAGAAGAAAAAUUCUAAUAUAAAAGUGAAAUUAAUUAUCUAUUUUAUUGAGGUGUUUGAGUUUUGACCUCAUUUGUAAUGCUCACACCUUUAGUCGGUCACUAAACCAAAUAUAAUUGGCCGUCCUUUGUACUUUAGUCUCCUCCCCAAGCCUGUCAUGAAUUUUUUAUUACAUGAUUCUACAGAUGGGUUAGUUGCCCUUAAACCAAGCCACCGGCUUCAAUGACUCAUAACAAUGCCCUGCAAGAAAAGAGAAAGCCGGCAACAUAUAGAAGUGCAACUUCUUCUAUUCCUGCAAGCUUCUAUGCAUCCAUAUGGUCAUUCAGUAUUCAAUUAAGUACAAUUGCUAUCUUUCAAGAGUUAGAAUAGCUCACAUUCUUUUUCAAAUUUGUAUGUAUUAUACAUCUUUGGCAGUGAAAAGAGAACAAAAUUUACACUGUAAACUGCAAAAACUCGGUAUAACUGCAAUAACAUCAGAUUUGCAAAAAAGGCUAAUCAGUUGUGAAGUGGGUUUGGUCCCCCUGGAACGGAUCGGUGGGAAACUCCAUAAAUUGGAUCUAUCUCAUCUCCACCGUAUUCUCCAGGAGCUGGUGCAGAUGAAUACGUUGAAAACCUGGGCUCAAAUUCAGCUUUAGAUGCCUGCUGAGCUUCUUCACUAGCUUGGCGGAUGUGGCGGCAACUGGAGAGCUGGCUGAUGGCAAGCAUGAUUAUGAAGAUCAGUAAUGGAAACCUGAGUUUUUGUAUUCCCAUGGCCUUAAUGAUGUGAUGAAGUUCAGCAGAGGAAAGAUGCGAUAAUAGAGGCAGAGGAGGCAGCUUGAAUUGAGUUUGGUCACUAAUGUAGGCAGGUGUGAAGUCUUUUAAUAUGAGAUCAGGCAGCAACCUUAGGCCAAGAUGGAGCCAAAAAACUCAAUUAAUUCUCUUGAAAUGGCAGGACUGCCCAUUUCUUUUCAAAGAAUUUGCAGUCAUAUCCUCACUUACCCAAAAUACCCCAACUGCCCUAGCAACAUCUUUUGGUACUCUUAAAGCUUCAGUCUUAGGCAUGCUAUUCAUAUCUGCAGUUGUUCUGACAGACUCUUAUCUGUUUUGCAGGUCACUAUACAAGCACCAUGCUCAUCAAAUGAUCCGAAAACCUUUGCAGGUCGUUUCCUUUAAUGCAUAUGGACACUGAUACAUUGUUCCACACAUCUAUACUAAACCUGGGACUUAUUUUUGAGGCCAAUAUGGUCCUUUGUGGAGUUCCAAUAUGAAUUGCCCUUGGAUGAAGGGCUUUGUGCCCUUGUGAUUGUGGGCGUUGACUCUCUGUUAUUGGAUCUUGCCUUUGCCCAUUUGGGGUUGUUGAUAAACUAACGUGCUAUAAUUAUUGGAAGAGACUUGAGGUACAUUCAUGGAA